AGAAAAAAAAGAUCACACAAAACGACAAUAGCACAUACAUUUCUCUCUGUCAGGCCGUUAGGCUCUCCAUCAUCCGAGCAACUCCCGAGCUCAGGCAUAGGUCGUUUAGAUCCCCAAAUCCCCUCCAAAUCCAGUUCAAAUCACCUCAAAUCGAUCGCAGCGGAAUUGGAAGCGGUGGUGGUUAGGGCUGCAACAGUGGGUGACGGCCGGUAGGAGUAGCGGCAGGUCGGGCAGUGGCUCAGCCGUGGCCGGUAAGCGGCGGUCGGGGCGCAUCCGGCGGCCACUUGAGCGCGAGAUACUGAAGGAGCCGUACGCGGUUAGGCAAGGGAGCCGGCGGCGAGAGUGGGAGGACACGUAGGCGAGCUGGCCACGCCUCGCUCCCUGCGGCUUGGAUGUGCAAAGAAUCCUUGCGAUCCAUCUGGACCUGAUUGGUUUCUUUCAUUUUCUAAUUAUAAUCUCAGCUUUGCCUAUAGGGUGGAUUUGUUGUUUGGAUGUUACCAAAGCUCAAAUCCAAAUAUUUCCUCCUCUCCGUUGACCAGCUCUCCAGGGGCUGGUCUAGGAACAGGGCAAGGGAGGUGCUGACUAAAAGAGUAAAUUUCUCCAGGGGCAGCUGUUCGUUACACAUGGACGGGAUCGCACAAAGCCUACCAGGAAAAGAGAUUGCCUUGGUCACAGGAGGCAACAAAGGAAUUGGGCUGGAAAUAUGCAAGCAACUGGCUUCUAGUGGAGUCACGGUGGUCUUGACAGCGAGGGAUGAGAGGAGGGGCAUUGAAGCAGUUGGCGCCCUUGGAGCGCUCGGGCUAUCCAACGUCGUGUUUCAUCAACUGGAGGUUAGUGAUCCGUCGAGCGCUGCACGUUCAGCUGAUUUUAUCAAGGAGAAGUUUGGCAAGCUGGAUAUACUGGUCAACAAUGCCGGAACUGUUGGGACGACAACAGAGAUCGGCAACCCAGAAACCUUUUGGCAUGAGCUUGCAAGCAUUGAUCCCGUGGAAAGGCUUGAAUGGAUCAGAAAGCGCACCACGGAGCCUCAUGAGAAAGCAGAAGAAUGCUUAAGGACAAACUAUCAUGGGAUCAAAUUUGUCACAAAAGCACUGCUUCCUCUCCUCCUAUCUUCAUCCCAUGGGAGGAUUAUUAACAUGUCAUCUCGUUAUGGACUACUGAGGUUUUUCCGUGGUGAGGAACUUAAACAAGAGCUCAACAAUGUCGACAACCUAUCUGAAGAAAGACUUGAUGAGCUGUCAGAAUUGUUCCUCAAGGACUUCAAGGAUGGCCAACUAAAGCCUCGUGGAUGGCCAACGGAUGGAGGGUACAGUGCGUAUAGAGUGUCCAAGGCUCUUAUGAAUGCUUAUUCCAGGAUCCUUGCCAAGGAGCAUCCAUCACUCUGUAUCAAUUGUGUGCAUCCUGGCUAUGUCCAGACGGACAUGAACUUUCAAGAUGGAGAUUUGACGGUUGAGGAGGGCGCAAGAGGACCUCUUAUGAUGGCCCUCUUGCCAAAGGGAGGAAUGACUGGCGCGUACAUAUACUGCACAGAGGUUGCAUCCUUCAUGUAAUGCGUGCAAGCUACUCGCACCAUUUUGUUAGAAAAGAGUGCUGAGUAGGCAGUAGCACUAAAAUUUCAUGCAGCUUUGCAUUUCCACCGGAACUGAUCUUACACUUCUGUACAAGAAAAGAGUUAUUAAGAAGGUUCUCUUGACUAUUCGUUA